AUGCCUCUCGGAGAAAGGUUAGGGGAUAAGAGCGAUUCUCGCUACUGUGGUGUGGAGACCGAUUUCAACGAUGAUAUGGCACACGUCUUCCAUUUCAACCUAUUUUCUGGAAGCUUCGAUUUCGUUGUUGCUCCUUUGAUGGAUCCUUCUUAUCGACCAAGUUUAAUGCAAAAAGAUGGUUUGGGGUCUGGUGUUCUGCCAUUUGCUGGGUCAGACUUGGUCUUGAGUCCAUCCCAAUGGAGUAGUCAUGUAGUGGGAAAAAUCAGCUCAUGGAUAGAUUUGGAUUCAGAGGAUGAAACCCUGAGGAGAGAUUCUGAAACUACACUUAAACAAGAAAUUGCUUGGGCUUCUCAUCUCUCUUUACAGGCCUGCCUGCUUCCUGCUCCCAAGGGAACUUCUUGUGCUAAUUACGCCAGAUGUGUAAAUCAAAUCUUACAGGGCACACAUAAUAUUCAGUUGUGGCUAAGGAUUCCAUUGAUGAAGCCUGAUGAUGACUCUAUGGAUGGAAAAUCUGUUACUUUGGUGGAUGAUUCUUGGGAAUCCUGGAAUUCAUUUCGUCUGCUGUGUGAGCAUCAUAGUCAACUGUCAGUUGCACUUGAUAUUCUGAGUACUCUUCCUUCCACGAAUUCACUGGGACGAUGGUUUGGGGAGCCUGUUAGAGGAGCUAUAUUAAAUACCGAUUGCUUCCUAACUAAUUCUCAUGGCUGUCCAUGCCUCUCCAAGCGCCACCAGAGGUUAAUUACUGGUUUUUUUAAUCAUUCUAUUCAGAUCAUUAUAUCUGGAAAUUCUGUUCAUCCAGAAGCAAGUAUGGAUGCAAAUGAUAGUUCUUAUAAAGAUUCACAAAGACAUCCCUUGCGGCCUUAUCUGGAUUAUGUUGGAUAUCUAUACCAAAGAAUGGAUCCUCUUCUUGAGCAAGAACGGUUUGAGCUUGGUUACAGGGAUUUUUUACAGUCACCCUUGCAACCUUUGAUGGAUAAUUUAGAAGCUCAGACUUAUGAGACUUUUGAGAAAGAUGCAGUGAAAUACAUUCAGUACCAAAGAGCAGUUAGUAAAGCAUUGCUAGACAGGGUUCCUGAUGAAGAGGCAUAUGUUAAAACCAUUGUAUUGAUGGUUGUUGGGGCAGGGCGUGGGCCUCUUGUGCGUGCGUCAUUGCAGGCUGCUGAGGAAACUGGGCGGAAGCUCAAAGUUUAUGCCGUUGAAAAGAAUCCAAAUGCAGUUGUCACCCUGCAUGCAUUGGUCAAGUUAGAAGGAUGGGAGGACACUGUCACCAUAGUCUCAAGCGACAUGCGUCAUUGGAAUGCUCCUGUAAAAGCUGACAUAUUGGUUAGUGAAUUGCUUGGUUCGUUUGGCGACAAUGAACUCUCUCCUGAGUGCCUUGAUGGAGCCCAGAGGUUUCUAAAGCAAGAUGGAAUUUCAAUACCAUCUUCGUACACAAGUUUCCUCCAACCAGUGACAGCUUCAAAGUUACAUAAUGAUGUCAAGGCGCAUAAAGAUCUUGUACAUUUUGAAACUGCUUAUGUUGUGAAACUACACAAUGUAGCCAAACUUUCACCCUCUCAACCUGUUUUUACAUUUAUUCAUCCAAAACGCUCUGAACAUGAAAGCAAUCAACGUUAUAAAAAGUUGAGUUUUGUGAUUCCUAGUGACACUGGGUCAGCAAUGGUGCACGGAUUUGCUGGUUACUUUGAUGCAACUCUUUACAAGGAUGUGCAUCUUGGAAUUGAACCUUCAACAGCAACACCAAACAUGUUCAGUUGGUUUGCAAUAUUUUUCCCAUUAAGAGCUCCCGUUUGUGUGGGUCCUGAUUCUACCCUUGAAGUGCAUUUUUGGCGUUGUUGUGGUCCUACAAAGGUCUGGUACGAGUGGUGCGUUGCUUCUCCUUCGUCGUCCCCAAUUCACAAUAGUAAUGGACGUUCAUACUGGGUUGGGCUUUAG